AUGUUACCACUGUUGCCAUCAAAUAAUGAUGAUAAUGAACAAAAUGUUAGUGAUUCAUUAUAUGACUUAUGUAAAGCAAAUGAUAUAGAAAAACUUCGAAGUAUAUUACCAUUUAUUGGCAAUAGAAAUAUUAUAAAUAAAAUUCACACUUCAAUUGGUUCAACAUGUUUACAUGUUGCAUGUUAUUAUGGAUAUUCAGAUAUGGUACAGAUUCUAUUAGAAUAUGGUGCUCGACGUUCUAUAAGAAAUUUACGACACAGUUUAACACCUUAUGAAGAAGCUUAUGCACAUCAUAUAAAACAAUUAUUUGUCAAACAACAACAAUUAUUUUCGAAUAAUGAUUAUGAUUACAUUGAAUGGUCAAUAGUAGGCGAUGAUCUCCUUUAUAAACGACGCGAAUUUCUUCAAGCUAUUGAUUUAUACAAAACCUAUGACAGUCAUAAUUUAAUAUCAAAAUUAUUAGCUGAAGUUAUACAUUAUUAUUUAAAUAAAUAUCUGGCAAAUCAAAAUAAUCAUAUUGGCAAUCCACAAGAUCGAAUUACUUCUAAACAAGUUGAAACUAUUGAAGCAUAUUUUAAAGAAGCCAUAGAUCAACAAGAUUAUCUAACAUAUUUUAUAAAAGCUUAUACAUUACCAAGUGGUUUUCAUAGAGUAUUAAAUAAACACUUGGCUCUUUAUGUAUUAGACUAUUUUGAUGAAUCAAAAAAUUUUUUAUCAACUUAUCGUCUUGUAAAUUGUCUUGCGCAUAUGGUUACACUAUUAAUUUAUCAUCCAAAUUUAUCUCAAUAUC